CAUCACGGCUCGACGGCUCACACGGCUACAUGAUGGUGAGGGGAUUGUUCCUCCUGGCAAACGGUAAUGCCUUUCAACACUUCUGGACCUGAUUGCAGCUUGGGUAGAGCUUGAUAAGACACCAAGGCAAGCUUCGAGCCAUUGCUGGCGAGCAACUCAAGUCUGACGCCUGUUUACUGGGCAACCGCAAACAUGGCCGACUUUACAGACAAGCUUCGGCCGGCUGAGCCUCAAGGUCCCAGUAUUCUGGCUCAAGAGAGAGCAGGAUCGAGCGUCAAUGUGGAACAGUUGGCACACCAUUUGCUCUCGCGGAAUGACUUCCUUCCGCGGCAAAAGAAGAUCUUGUCGAUACUGGAGCCGAUUCCUUACUUUUGCAAGAAGAACCAGUUGAACAUGGCCAGACCAGACCGAUACCAUCUCGGUCUUGCUCGAGCGAAGACGCUGAGAAGACUGUCCCUCAAGCAUGGCUGGGACCGCGACGACUAUAUCAUGGCCGACUAUCUGACGGAUGAGAUGGGCCCGUACGCCCUCCAAGCAACCAUGUUCGCCACCUCGAUUCGAGAGCAGUGCAACGACGAGCAGAAGGCAUACUGGCUGCCCAAGGUGGAAAACUGGGAGAUCAUCGGCUGCUAUGCCCAAACAGAGCUCGGUCAUGGCAGUAACGUCAAAGGCAUCGAAUGCGCAGCCAGGUGGGAUCCGAAGACCAAGGAGUUCAUCAUCCACAGCCCAACGAUCACGGCGAGCAAAUGGUGGAACGGCGCUCUGGGUCGUACAGCGAACCAUGCCAUCGUGGUUGCACAGCUAUUGCUGCCAGACUCGAAGACGGGGAAGUACAAGUCUUACGGACCGCAUCAGUUCAUCGUCCAGAUCAGAGACAUGAAAACGAACAAGCCACUUGAUGGGAUUGUGAUUGGCGAUAUCGGCCCCAAGUAUGGGUACCCGGGCAUGGAUAAUGGGUACAUGCUCUUCGAUCAAUUCAGGGUGCCUCAUUCAGCGCUUCUGUCCAAGUACUCUGGCGUCGACUCGGAGCAUGGCACUUACAUCAGGCCUGAAAACCCGGCUCUGGUGUACGGCUCAUUGACGUUCGUACGCGCUCAGAUCAUCAUGCACGCGCGCUUGGUCCUGGCCAGAGCUGUUACGGUUGCCGUCCGGUACCUGUCCAUACGCCGGCAGUUUGCCGAUCGUGAUGCCAAAGACGCCGGUGCCCCUGAGCAGGCUGUGCUAAAUUAUCCGACUGUCCAGAUUCGCAUUCUGCCUUUGCUGGCAACCACUUUUGCGCUGCAUUACACCGGCGAGGCGAUGUACAAAUUGUACUAUGGCACUCGCGAGGCGAUUGAGAAGAGCGGAGACUUCUCUAGAUUGGCCGAAAUGCAUGCUGCAUCCUCUGGUCUCAAGUCCUUGUGCACGACGCUUGCCGCGGAUGGUAUUGAGACCUGCCGUCGCGCCAUGGGUGGUCAUGGUUUCGGAGGCGGAAGUGGCAUGAUCGCCCUCAAUAAUGAAUAUCUGUCCAAGCCGACGGUGGAAGGGGACAACUGGAUGAUCACGCAGCAGACUGCGGCGUACUUGAUCAAACGAAUGACAGAAGUCGUGAAGAAGCCGGACAUGAACCCCAACGAGACGGUCGACGUGCAGUUCCAGCAGUUCAUGACCAGCAGAGGUAGGUUACACGACUAUGAUAUUCUUGGACACGAGAGCGAGCUCGUCAAGGCGUUCAAACAUCGAGCCUCGCAUCAGUCAUACCAAGCGUACCAUGCAAGAGUGGUCGAGAAGAAGCCGUGGACCAGCAUGAUGAUCCAACUGCACCGACUGAGCCGGGCACAUUCCGAGAGUCUGCUCGUGUCGAACUUUUACACCGCCGUGUUUGAGUCGACGCCCAACCCGCCCCUUGAUGCCACUGCCAUCGGCGUCAUGAAGACACUAUUCAAGCUGUUCGCACUGUUUACGCUCGACGCGUCUGCGUCCGAGUUCCUGCUCAGCAAGGCACUGUCUGUAGACCGUCUGGCAUCAGUCACGCCGGCGAUUCAGGACUUGAUGGCACAGGUCCGGCCACAUGCUGUCCGGUUGGUGGAUGCAUGGUCCAUCCCGGAUUAUCUCCUUGAAAGUGCCCUGGGCAGCUACGAUGGCGAUGUGUACAACAGGCUCUUCCACAAAGCUCACAAGGAGAAUCCGUUGAACAAAUUGACGUUCAACCCGGACUGGAAGAGCGAGGAGAUAGUCAUGGGUGAGGGCGAAGCAAAUGCACGGAGGAGACUGGAGGCACUGGCCCUAGGUAUGAUGGGUCAUGAGCAGUCUGAGAGUGUCAAGGCGAAGUUGUGACGGAGAUGGCAGUAAAUAUCGGGGGCAUCAUGGGGCCA